AUGCACGCACCCGCAUCGAGUCUUCGCGGACGCGUCGCGCCACCUCCUCCGCGGACGCGCCCGGGAACGGCACGACGCCGCAAACUUGGGGCCGUUCCAUACAAGCGAUUGUCGGGGUGGAGUUCAAAGGCGUCAGGUGGAGCUGAAAGGCGUCGAGGGCGGGCGUUGAAAGCGCGGGGUGGGCGGAGAGAGACGACGGCAAAAGUCCUUAAGGAUCGGCGUCCACCACGCCGACGGGGUCGUAUGGGAACCAGUGUAUAGAACGCACCUUGGUAGAAGAGACACACGCCGAGCGACCACACGUCGCACGCUUUCGCGUCGACGCCUCCUCCUUUCCCGUCGCAAUCGGCGGAGUCUUCCUCGGCCUCGGCGGCGAGCUCGCGCGCGGCGACGUCGGUUUCGAACCCCGGUUUCGAACCCGAGCGGCUCGGUUUCAAGAUGGGUUUCAAAUCUUUCUCAAAGUACGCCGCCGCAGCCGCAGCGGCUUCGCGGGUCGCGACCAACUCCGGCGCGACGAACGCGGGCGUGCCGACGCCGCCAGUCAAGUUUCCCUUCUUCGACCCGUCGAACAGCUCGCUGACCCCAAAGUCCGUGAUUUUCACCGUGCCGUCAGUCUUUUUAAGCAGGUUGUCCGGUUUCAAGUCGCGAUGCGCGACGCCGUUGGCGUGAAGAAAACUUAACCCGACGCACGUCUCGCGGAAAUACCGCAACGCCACCUCCUCGCUCUGUGGUUUAGUGACACACACGUGG